GUAAAUUGUGAGAUAUGCACGAGUUAUUGCAACUCAACGGGUGAUUUUAUCGAAUCAUUCGAUUGUGGAAACGAUACUCAAGACUAUUGUUGUGGGGUGUACUAUGAUCGUCAUUGUUGCGUUGAUUAUUACCACAGAUAUCUCGAUACCGGGAAUGUAACCACUGUACAGACUUGUUUGGAUAUAAAGACUCGCAUUAAUGAACUCCAAGCUGAAAAUACAAGCCCAAUGAUGCAUGGAAAGUCUUGGUUGAUUGUCGCUGCAUCAUUAGUGAUGCGUUACUUAUGUAGCGUCCAAAACAGUGAUGCCGAUAACUUUUGAGAAACACCCAAAGGAAGAUGCAAGUGCAAUGACUCUUAACAGCAUGGUUGGUUGGUUACAUUUGAUCCUCUUAGAGUGACUGCUAUGUUUAGUCUGAGGAGAUUCACUGAAUAUUC